UUGAACUUGUGUCUUCUCUGGGACAUAUGACUGCAUCACACGGCACCAAGGAUAUUCAGAAGAAUAUCAUUGCUUCCACCUGCGCCGCUCUCCACACUCACGCUCCUGCAGCCACCUUUUCUGAACUCCAUCCACUGAUGAUGCAACCACAUCUGCCACCUGACCAUGGCUCUCAGGAGGAGACGAAGGACAAAGACCCAGUGCAGCCUUCAGGACCCACACGGCUGCAGAAGGCCAGGGCCCGAUUCCUCAAGGGAGUCUCCUACUUCUCUGGAAACAUGGAGGUGUUUGGAAAAUGGAUGGAAAAACAGUUCCUCCUGCUGCAGCUGCUGGACUGGGUUCUGCGUGGAGCUGCCCAAGUGAUGUUUGUCAACAACCCUCUGAGUGGUCUCAUCAUCUUUGGCGGCCUUAUCCUACAGAACUACUGGUGGGCCCUCAAUGGUUUUGUGGGCACACUUUUUUCUACCAUCUCUGCCCUCAUUCUGCAGCAGAACAGGGGUGCCAUAGCUGCAGGGCUGUAUGGGUACAACGGCAUCUUGGUGGGUCUGCUGAUGGCUGUGUUCUCCGGUGCAGGAGACUGGUACUGGUGGCUUCUGUUACCCAACAUCUUCAUGUCCAUGAUGUGCCCAGUCCUAACCAGCGCCAUCGCAUCGAUCAACAGUCGCUGGGAUCUGCCCGUGUUCACUCUGCCCUUCAACAUCCUGGUUUGUCUCCACAUGGUCGCCACCGGUCACUUCAACCACCACUUCCCUCAGGUUCUCAUUCAGCCUCGCUCGGAGCUGCCCAACAUCACCUGGGCUGAAAUCGAUGUUGCCAAGCUGUUCAUGUCAGUGCCUGUGGGAAUAGGCCAGGUUUAUGGCUGCGACAACCCUUGGACAGGAGGAAUCUUCAUCAUCUCACUCUUCAUCUCUUCUCCCAUCACCUGUGCUCAUGCUGUCCUGGGAUCUGCAGUGGGCAUGGUUUCAGGUCUGGCUCUGGCUGCUCCUUUUGGAGACAUUUACUUUGGCCUCUGGGGAUACAACUGUGUGUUAGCCUGCAUCGCUAUAGGGGGGAUGUUUUAUGCUCUCACCUGGCAGGUACACCUGCUCGCACUUACAUGUGCAUUUUUCUGUGCAUACCUCGGCUCAGCCAUUGCCAACAUUAUGUCCAGGUUUGGUCUGCCCGCCUGCACCUGGCCUUUCUGCCUCUCUGCACUUACGUUCCUUCACUUAACCACCGAGACCAAAAAGAUCUUCAAACUCCCACUGGCCAAAGUCGUCUACCCCGAGAAGAACCUGGCCUUCUUCUGGAAAAUGAAGAAGGACGAGAAGAGGGAGAAGGCAGAGAAGGAGAAAAAGGAGGAGGAGGAGGAGCAGAGAGCCAACGAGGAAAGGGAAAUGGUAAAUGAGAAGGAGCAGUUGAGGCUUGAGCUCGCCAUGGCAGAGGAAGGGAGAGCUGACAGCGAGGCAUCAGAUUAUAACGAUUUGAAAAUAUUUGUGUCCAAAGAAAAUGCCAGCGAAGACGAUGACGUUGCAAUCAGUUUCGCCGAGUCUACGUAAAUAACAUGCUGCACAAAUCCAAAAAUCUAUAUUUCUAAUAAAUAUUUUUUUU